GAGAUGUGGGGUUUUCCGUUUUUAUGGCCAAUGAAUGCUGAAUGCGGACAGGUAAGCGCAGAUGAUAAAAAUGAUAAGGAGAUGUUACCAUUCCAAUAUCGCGAGAGUAAAUCGGAGAGGCUCUCAAGAUUGCCAAACGAAGCUUCAGCUGAAAUGGGUAGCUCUGACAUGGAGUCCAAAGGGCCAGAACUGUUCGAAGUUGGACCGUCCAAUGAUGGCUACCAGAUGGGUUUGCUGAUAGGUCAGAAGUUCAGCAAGGAGAUAAGGAGCCGGUUAGCAGGAGACCUUAUUCUUCAGAAUCAGCUUCGCCCUUUUGCUCAAACUCCACAAGGAAAGCAGCUUAUCGAGGCCCUCUCUGAUAACAACAGGAACAAGUUCCCCAGAUACUGGGAUGAGCUGUUGGGAACUGCAGCAGGCAGUGGAGUUUCUCUUCUUGAUGUGGUCUUGAUCAAUUUCAGGAAGGAGAUUCUGCCAUUCGUUCCAAAGACACUACAGGUGUCGAGCCCUGAAUCUGUCGAUACUAUCGAUGACUGUUCGGAUGUUCUCGUUGUCAGUGAGGAUCUGGCCAUUGCUGCCCACAAUGAGGAUGCUAAUGUGGCUUUAGUUGAUCACAUCUAUCUGAUCAAGGCAAAAUUGCAGAAUGGAUUAGUGUUUGUUGGGUAUACAUAUGCAGGGGAGCUUCCAAGCUGUGCAUUUGGGUUCAAUACUCAUGGACUGGCAUUCACAUUGAACUCAGUGCCUCCAUCAGAACAUGAGAUAAUGGCUGGAGGAAUUGGAAGGAACUUUGUCUCUAGAGACUUACUAGAAGCAACAAGCAUGGCUGAUGCACUCAGAAUCAUACAUUCAUGUGAAGUUUCAGUAGGGCACUGCUACAACCUCAUCUACAUGCCAGACAGAAAGAUACUGAACGUUGAAACAGCCUCUAGAAAUCGGGUUUCAGUUCGCGAGAUUGGAACAACGCCAUUCUUCCAUGCAAAUAUGUAUCUCCACCUUCAAGUCGAUCAGGUACAAGAUGACAACUCAAAAUGCAGGCAAGAAAGAGCAGCUGUUCUGGCGAAAACAUCAAAGGAGGAUUUCUUGUCAAUUCUAGGAGAUAUGGGGGACAAAAGAUACCCCAUUUACAUGAAUGGUAACAAAAUGGAAAUGCAGGACCUUUGUUCUUCCUAUUCAAUCAGUUCACUUGUCAAUCUCACAGCUUUGCCUUAAUUCCAGGUCCAACUCUAUACACCCUAUGCACAGCAAUUAUAGAUAUCGAUCAACAAACGCUAUCAAUAAUCAAGGGGAACCCCAAGCAUGGAGAAAUCUCCCAUGUCUUCUCCGUGUCUUCAGCAGAUUCCAAGACUUUGAAAUAAGAACAAGACCCGGCAGCCAGCAGGAAGUCGGCAGCAAUUACCCCACACUUGGCAUCAAAUUUGACUUGUUUAUUCUUUCCUUUGUAGACCCUUUUAUGCUGGUUCAUAAAGCCCUAAGACAUGGCCAUCCAUACAACGCAUGGCAGCUACCUGCUACAAACAAAUAUAUUUUCUGUUGGGUAUCUUUCUUGCCUCCAUUGUGGCAAGACAUAAGAGAGCGGUUUCAGUAGUUUUAGCUUCAGAAAGAUGUUAAGCAGGAAGAUGGAUUACCUUUCCAUGAAUUUCAUACUUGAUGGGUCCAUCUAGCUCUGCGCCUAAAGCCAUCAGCUUUGUCACCGUACUAUUGAUAUCAGUGACUGUAAAUGAUAGCGAAGAAGAAUACCCCUUCUGCGGAACAUUGUCACUGAAAAAAUAGGGGUCAGCAGCCGGCCCUCCACUGCAAAGCCAGCAAACAAGGAACUAAAACAUUAUUAUGACACGAUUUCCAUCUUUUCCACCCAGAAAGGAUGUUGCCUAGGCGAUGUACGAUAAUAGCAAUGUUCAAAAAGUCAGUGAUAGCCGGCCAGAAGGUCCCUAUUCUCUUCAAUGUCCAGCACCAGCUAAACAACACGUAAAAGCACAAGAAACAAGCGACAAUCCUCAAGCUUUCGUGACAGCAGUGUUAAUCUGACUCUCAACGGAAAACUGAAAUACGGGAGCUCUCAGAGACAAAUGAUCGAACAUCUAGCAGGCAAGCAUCCAAUUACUGGAGAAGAUAGAACUUUACUUGAUAGAUUGCAUGAGGGCGAGCUUCAGAGGCCCGGACUGAAGCUCAGCCCACCGUAGAGUGCAUACAUUGACAGUGAAGUCUAGACCUUCGGAGUAGAAACGAGCGGCCUUGGGCACAUCCUUGUGAAGUUGUAGAAUCCACCUGAGAGAGGCCGCCGCGGCCAUCCUUUGCCCUGUAAUUCCGACGCUCUUAGCUCACCGAUAACACCUUGGUCCUUAAGCUCCUGA